AUGAGCGGACACGCUAGGCAGGAAAGCAAGAAGCAUCCGGCUGACAAGCUGAAAGUGAGUUUUUCAUCGCAUUUGCAUCGAUUUGUUGUGUUCACUUGCUCGCCUUGCUCGUCGUGUCUUUCCGCACUCUUUUCGGUUAUCUAUGUGUUUUAGAGAGCACUUUGCACAUGUUAAACGUUUGCAGGAGACAUUCGAAAAGCUGAACAACGAGGUCAAAGUGUUAGGAAUGAUUCUGGGCGUCAAAGAAGACGAAAGUCAGCAGCCUGCUGCGAAUGUGAACAACGAAGCACCGAAAUCAGAUGACAAGAGUCAAUAUCAUGUAAGAUUUUAUCGGUAAACAAGAAAAUACAGUAAUUGCAAUGUUUUUGCAGAAAGAAGUGAGUGCAGAAGACAAAAAAGCUCGAAAAGCGGCAAAAGCGGCUGAAAAGAAGGCAAGAGGUCAGUUAAGACGAACAAAUCUUCGAGAAAGUCAAUGAUAAUCGAAUUUUCCAGCUGAAAAGUCAGUGGCGAACAAAGCAGCAGCAGCUACUGGAAAUGCGCCACAAAAGAAGUCAGAACAGCCCGAAAAGAAAUCUGAAACAGCGGAAAAGCUUGUCGAGGAGAACGAACGACUGACGAAGACGGCAGAGCAGUUGACGGCGAAGAUGGAGAGCAUGGCUGUCGGAGGAGCGCCGAAGAGCAACGGGAAUCUGAAGUCGGCGAUAAAAAAGCUGCCGAAGGAGUCGAACGUGCGGCACAUGCACAAUGCCCAUCCGUCGGCCGUCACUUUCGAAGUCUCCGAGAACCAAGUAAAGAUUGUGGCGAAUCAAUCGGAAUCGGAUGAAACUAUCGCUUCGGAUGUGGAGACGACCGCAAUGACUCAGCUCGAAGACGCGUCCGGUUUCGCGCACGUUCAUCCCGCUUUCCUGACCCUUAUGGCGAAAGCGGAAGCGGACAAGAUACCAGACGUGGAGACGGUCUGCGUCGAGUUUGUCAUCGCUUUCAAACAAUUCCUGCGCGACUGGGCUGCCGAAAGAGAACAGAAUCGCGGCGAUCCGACCACUUUCGGGCAUGAUCUCGACCUGGCGAUCCGUCCGCAACUCGCCCAUCUCACUCAAAACGGCCACUGGCCCCUGCCGUUCGCCCUCGGGAACACGGUCCGAUUGUUGAAGCGGACUAUUAAACGAGUGUCGGAGAGCAGCAAUGAGGAGUGCGAGGAAGUGUUGCAGACAUAUCUGGACGACACUCUCCAGAUUUUCUCCGCCGCUUUCAAGGCGAUCAGCGAGAAUUUGGUGAAAAAGAUUGCGCUGUUCAAGAAAGUGGUGGUGUUCGACUGGUGUCCUGUCGUCAACCACGUACUGCUGGCUGCCAGGGAACAGAUGCCCGAUCUUCAGGUGUACGUGAUCGAUGUGAAGCGAGGAGGCAAGGGAACUCGACACGUGGAGAGCUUUGUGGAGCGGGGAUACAAAGCGAAAUAUGUCAAUUUGAACGGAGCGUCGUGGGCUGCUCUUCAUGUGAGUUUCAACAGCGAAAAUCUCGAAACUCACAAUAUCCAUUCAGAGCUCCGUGUUCGUCAUCGGAUGCUCCGCCAUCUUUGCAAAUGGAGCUGUGGCCGUUAAAAAAGGAGGACUCGCCACCGUCCUCGUCGCCAAUCACUACAAUCUGCCGGUUAUUGUCGCUGCCGAGCACUUCAAAUUUGUCGACAAGGUUCGUUUUUUUUUUCCUUCGCAAACGAAAUGCGGGAAGUGAUGUGGUUCGAUUCUCCCAAUUUGUUCAAUGAUUCGGCAGUCACAUGGUUUCUAUCUGUUUCGCGCGUUGGAAUGGCAUGUCGGAUCGCAGAUGAUAGAGAUGAUUGGAUCGUUGGAAAACAUCAAGUGAAACUUUGGUCGAGCAAGGUUAUCAUAUCACGCACACAGAGAACAGAGAAAUUGAACCGAAUGGUCUCCCGCUCAAUAUGAUUGUUUUCUUUCAGAUCCAAGUGUAUCAGCGAGUGGCUCUUCUCGGAACUCAAGACAUUGAGUUUAUAAAGUCGGACCUGGUGACUGCAGUCGUCACAGAUCUACGAAUCCUCACACCCACGUCGGCUCCGGGAGUGCUCAAAGCGAAGGCUCUCACCGAUAUGGCAUAA